UUAUUAUUCCCACGACCAUAUCAAGCAGCUGGGAAAUUCUCGCCAAUCCAUUGUAAACGGCCCUUUCCCAUAUUCCCAUACUUACUUGUAUGCCAGCCUUCAAAAUCGCAUUCAUUCUGCACAACUAGUACUGUGAGGUUAAUACGGACUUGAAGAUGGUCGCACUGCCUAGCGAACGGGUCGGACUUGGCCUAAGAGAUAAGUGGAAGUGUUUCGUGCGGCCGUUCGUGACGUACGGGAUGGUUUAUAGAAGUCCGGAGGUGUGUCCCGAGCACACAGUACCUUACCUAAACCGGGAACAGCUAAAAAUUAUUGGAUUUUACCCGAACUCGGAGGAAAGCAGCCAUCCUGGCCGCAGGACCUGGCAUCUGUUAGUUGUGAUUAAAGUAAUUAUAUUUUUCUCCUCACUGUGUUACGCCGUCUUCGAAUCCUUGGACAACAUUGUGGAAUUGGGUCGGGAUCUCGCAUUCGUAAUAGCGACGUUUUUUAUCGGUUUCAAGGUAUUUUAUUUCCUUCGGUAUGCCGAUGACGUUGACGAGGUAAUCGAUGGCCUCGAGGUGUGCUAUCGUACGGAGAGGAAGGGUCCGGCUGCUGCAGCAGUGAGAUCUGCGAAACGUUUGCAUUAUUUGAUCAUCAUCGGAAUGCAAAUAAUUUGGUCAGUCUUCAUGGUCGUCUUCAUCCUACUGUUGAUUUCCACGCCGCUCUGGACCCAAUUUUCUCUGCCGUUUCAUGCUGCCUUUCCAUUUGACUUGCACGAUUCAUCUAAGCAUCAAUUCACACACAUUCUCAUCUACUUAUCACAAUCCUUCGACGCUAUGUACUACCUCACGUGGCUGGUCUCUACCGAAGGCAUGUCUGUGUCCAUUUAUUCGCAGCUUACGGCUGCUCUGAGUGUCCUUUGUGUUGAACUUCGGCACCUCCAACAGUUCUGCGAUGGGGACGAGGAUCUCAUGCGAUGGGAGAUCCAUCGUCUGGUCAGGUUUCAUCAGAAGAUAAUCAGUCUAGUUGAUCGAAGCAAUGAGAUAUUCCACGGCCCUUUGAUUAUGCAAAUGAUUGUCAACUUUUUGCUGGUCUCCCUGUCGGUGUUUGAGGCAAUGAUGGCCAGGCGCGAUCCCCAAGUGGCAGGUCAGUUUAUUGUUCUGAUGAUUAUGGCCCUGGGUCACCUUUCGAUGUGGACAAAAUUCGGGGAUAUGAUGUCGGAGGAGUCGCUGGACGUGGCCAAGGCUGCCUACGAGGCUUACGACGCAAAUGUUGGCACCAAGGGAAUCUAUUGGAAUAUUCGCUUUAUAAUUAUGCGUGCACAGACACCAUUGAUAAUGCGAGCGGCCCCCUUUCCAAUCUUCAACAUGACCAACUACAAAGCCAUACUCAACCAGUGCUAUGGAAUCCUAACGCUCUUGUUGAAUACCAUGGAAUAGAUUCAAACCCAUUCCGAAGCUUAGAUGCACUUUUAGAUCCUUUGCACUUGGCUUCUAACUUAGUUUUUAAUUCACUUAUAUUUAAUCGAUUCCAAUA